AAUAUUACGGCAUCAUGUCGAGAUAAAAAAUAUGUCAUCGUAGCUAUACUUUUGUUACAUACUGUAUGCAACUUGUGCUGCCUGAGAAGAUGAUACCAAAUACUCACUAAAUAAAACUCGUAUAUUUACGGCAGUCGAUGCGUUGUAUGUUUUAUUAUAUUUUUUAUACGAAAAUUCGCGCAACAUUGGAAAAACCAUGAUGAUAUUUAUUUCACUUUAAGGAAGUAAGUAAAUGUUUGGAGGAAAUCAAUAAUUGGAAGGAAUAAAUAUCCAGUAUUUUUUUCCCCGGAAUGAAAUAUGAUAUAAAUUUGUUGCCAUCCUGGUGCUCGUAAAAAGGUCACAUGGAUCGAAUCAAAAUGUGUGUCCAUAGCUUAGUGGAAUAUUAUUGUUCAAUAUUCAUACGAAAAAAUGUUCACGUACUUACGAUGAUUAGUGAUAAUAUUAAUUAAAUAGUUGUAAAAAAGAGAACAACUUAUUAACUCAUAAAAAGAGUGAUGAAUACAAUCUUUACAUAAUUAGUUAAUUAAGGUUGUAUUGUUCUUACAGUAAAAAUAAUCAGCGUCAUCACCGCCUUAAACUCUGGUUGCCUCUAGUCAUCAUAUACCUAAUAUGUACUUAUUGAAAUAAGUCUAAUCUAAACCCCUGGAUUGUAGAUAUUUAUUUAUCCCCCGUCACGAAUAAUAGUGAUAAUUGAGAUUUUAACUUAAUUUGAGAUUGCUAUACUCUAGUCAAAUAAUUACACAACAUCAAACAGCGACUUAAUGAUUUAUAUCUUUGUAACAAUUAUACACACAUAUUUAUUUAGGUAGAUGAAAAGGAACAAGACAGAAUAAAUAUAGACAAAGUUUUGCACAAAAAAUUAUUGGGAAUUUCAAAUUGCCUUGAUUCGUUUUAUGUGUUUUACUACUUGAUGCAUGGAUCGGAAUAGUUUACCGGUAUUGGACGAGAAAAAGAGUAGUGCAGGCAGGCCGACACAUAUUGUUGUUGGUGGACUGCUUUGAAGAACGAACGGUAUCUGUAACAAAAAGCGUGGCGACAAUGCAUGCUCGUACUUGUGCGAGUAGUAGACUCGACUCGUCGUAGGUAAUUGUGAUGGGUUUCCUGUGUUCCACAGAGAAUUGCUCUGAUUUUUUGGGUUUUAUUUAUUUUCCGUCGUCUCAAAGUCAUGAAGCGUAGACCGUAGAGGAGAAGAUUUCUAUGCAAAUGUGCAGUACCGUAGAGUCAAUGUCAUCGAGUACCAAGAAAGCCAGCCAGGACUACUCGUAACAAUUUAUUUAGUUUGGUUAAGCAAAGUAAUAUAAAUAGGGAUGCAAAAUUUCCACUUUGUUGACCACAUGCGGGCUUAAUUCGGCUCAAAGUAUGUACAUAUUGCACAAGAAGUGUGAACAAAGUGGGUUAUGCAACUUGAAACGUGACGCGAUAUAUACACCGUCGGGUACAUAUACAUAUACACACGUCGUAUUUACAUACAUGUCAUUGUUACAGUUUUACUCGAACAACAAGAUUUUCUAGGAUUUGACUCGACAAUAAAACAAUCCUGGGAAGAAUGAUGUUCAUCCCACUUUUCUAGAGUGUGUGUUCAUUCAAUUACUUCAACACUGCGGAUUGACAUGGUAGAAGAAUUCUGUCUAAAAGUUUACUUUUAAAAAUUUUUAGGGUGUGUUUUCUCUCAAAAAAAUUGGGUAACAUGCAGCGACGCAUGUUUCACCUUUACUCUGAUAUUGCCAUCCGUAUUUUCAUUUUAGUUAGUUUCCAUAAUGUAAAAAGUUCUGUGAGCGGUGAGGACGUUGUCAGAGUUCGAGUUCCAAAAGACUUAAAAAGUGCAAAUUUACAAAACUCGAAAGGAGUCACACACCAAGAACAAGAAGUGCAAAAAAGGAGUGGGCGGUUACUUCCUAGUCCGAAAGUUUACAGAUGUGGCGACAUUGGGAGGGAAAUGGUGAUCAACUUUGUCAACGAACAGUAUCCCAGAGAUGAUGAGGUUGCUGGCGAGUGCAAUUUCCGCUUGGUCAUCCAAAGCCAUGAUAUUUGUCAGGUUCGUGUCGACCUCGUCGAUACAGUGCUUCUCCCACCCACGAGAGGAGAAUGUUUGUCCCAAACGCUAACCGUGGAAGGUGCACUUUGGCCGACUGGCCUUUCUCCAAUUUGUGGAGUGAAUAACGAUCAACAUUUUUAUCUGCACUUGGAACCCUGGGGUGGCAACACGUCCCUCAUUGACUUCAAAGUUGUCUCAGUCCUGAAAGGGAAACCGUACCGGUUUGGAAUCUGGUUGACACAAAUGGACUGCGCCGCCUUUAACGUGCUGAAAGCUCCCGAGGGGUGUACACAAUUCUUCCUCUCUGAAGUUGGGACAAUAAAGUCGUUCAACUUUGAAGGCGGUCGCUACCUCAACGGACAAAACUACCAGAUUUGUAUCCGGUCUGGAAAAGGAGUUUGCGGCAUUCGGUACGACUCUGCCCCGGGAGAAUUUCGGGUAAAGAAGAGUAUAACUGCCCCCAAGGAGAUGCUGUUGAGGUCGGGUGCCGGGACGACUGCGUGUGGUCAGGAUUUCGUGAUGAUCCCCGACGGACACGGCACCACGGUUGUAAAUCUACGCGAGAAGAGAUUACUAUUUCGCCGUCGUCGCCCAGCCACAACGACGAAGCCGAAUAAACGUCGCUCGCCUGUUGCUGCUGCUGUGAAUAAGAGAAAGUUGGAACUUUUGAAUUCCCAGGAUCGUUUUUGUGGAGGAACGUUAUCCCCGAGCGGAGGAGAAACUGUGAACAAACCAGUUUUUGCUCGGGUCAGAUCCAAUCUUAUCUCGCUGCGGAUAAAGACAUCGCCUUAUCAAGAGUAUAAGAAGAAAAUGGAAGCGAUGAAUUUAACGUCUGGGUUUCACCUGAAAUACAGCCAGAUAAGGAAUUGUGACGAUCACGAGGAGGAGAUUGACAUGGUCAGCUUGGCCAGUCAAGUUCAGACGCCGUACAAUGUACCCAUAAUAGUAAACAAGCAUCCUACUUCCGGCAUCACUGGUGGAAUGAUAUCGUCGUCGUCUAAUGCCUUUUUUGCAUCACUUCUGAAAAAUGGAACCUAUAUGGAUGGCGGAGGGGGAGGGGGAGGUGGUGGAGGAGGAAUUGAUCGAGGAGACGACUUAGCUGAGGAUGACGCUAUUUGGGAAUACUUGGAAUCUGACGAAGAAACCGGUGAUGAUGACGACGUGUAUGACUAUUUUGAUUAAAAUGCGUAAUAAUUAUUACAUAAUUAUAUGUAUGUCCUGGCCAGAAUAAAUGUCACCUCGCAAAACUAUGGAGGUCGACACUACUAUUUAAUUAUUCAAAAUA